AUGGCAUAUCCAAGCAGUGCUGUCAACGAAUCCUCUGCCGGAAGUCCAGGUGGUCCGCAGCGGGAGAAUGGCGACCCUCAGGCACUCUGGGCAGCGAAGGCGAUUCUGGUCCGAGACGUGUCCCUGGAAGCUUUGAGAGCUUGGCUGGCUUCUCCUGGCAGCGAUGUCGAGAAGGCCCUGCGGAAGGCCAUGCGCAUCCGACACGCCAAGCUGUGCCAAACGACGCGUUCAGCUGUGGCUCGGCGCGUUCUUGGCGUGGCUGUGGCUCGUGGGCGCCUUUCGCACCUGCUAGAGCAAGUUGCACCCGGCCACGACUGCGACGCCGAGCUGCUUCUCGAACUCUUCGUGGUGCGAGAGCUGCCUCGAGUGCUGGAGGAGAUGGAGCAUCCGUCUUUCGCUUUGGCCGGAUCCACGAAGACGGCGUGGCGGCAAGUCUUGGCCGAUGCCUGCAGUCGACCGCUGUUUGGUCCGGCUGAUUCUGCCACCCUGGCCAAGCGCCUGUCUGUUGCUUGGUCCUUGCCAUUGUGGAUGGCAGAGCGCUGGCUGCAACACCUCGGGCCCCUGUCAGCUUUCCAGCUUGGCCGCGCUAUGUGCCAGCCUGCGAGGAUCACGCUUCGCGUCAACACCCUCCGGACGACCCGAUUGGAGCUUAUGCACCAGCUUUCAAAGCAUGGGGUCCGCAGCAUACCCACAGCAGAGAGCCGUUUUGGCUUGUGGCUCCCGGACGGCAGGCCAGCCAAUGGGGGCGUUUGGCAGCUCCCGGGCUACAGCCAGGGCCUCUUCGAGGUUCAAGACGAGGGCUCCCAAAUCUUAGCUCUCGCUACAGAGGCCCGACCAGGGGAGACGGUUCUGGACUAUUGCGCCGGUCGCGGCGGCAAAACCUGGCUGCUGUGCGCCCUUGUGGCCCCACAUGGGCGUGUCACUGCCUGGGAUGUGGACGAAGAUCUCCGCAAGCAGCUGCUGGGGGCUCGAGCCAAGCGUGCAUCUGUCGAUGGGCUGUUGGAGGUCACAGACACCAAGCCGUCGACCCACGCUGAUGUGGUGCUUGUGGAUGCCCCCUGCUCCUCGUGCGGGGUUUGGAGGCGACACCCUUCGCAAAGGUGGGCUCUUCAAGAGUCAGAAAUCGACCACAUUGCGGCGCAGCAGCUGCAGAUUCUGGAAGAGGCCUCGCAGCUCGUCCACGUGGGUGGCCGCCUGGUGUAUGCAACUUGCUCCUUGCUCCGUGCAGAGAACGAUGCCGUCGCCGAGCGAUUCGAACAACUGGCUGGGGACUGUUUUCGACGUUGGCCUUUCGAGAGCGGCAGGCAUUGCCGGACCUUGAUGCCGCACGUCGAGGGUACCGAUGGCUUCUUCAUGGCACGCUGGCGGCGGCAAAACAAAGCGAGCGAAAGACAACGCAGCGUCAUGCUUGUUGCAAACGCACGUAACCAUUCAAGCAUGGGAGACAACCAUCAAGUUUGGCGAAGCUGCUUCAAUGCCAUUAACGAUUAG